GCAACGGAAAAUAUGAAAAUGAGGCCCUGAAUCAGUCUCCAACCAUUGUCAGAGCUGCUGUGUGUGCUGAGUAUAAGAUGUGGUGUGUGUCAGCGGUGUCCUGGUGUCUGUUCUUCUAGGAUCUGUUUUGAAGCUGUGACGGACACCUUUCAUUAAGGACUGAGAAGAUGGUGCAGACGGCCAUUACUCACUGUUUCUACGCUGCUCGGACCUGGUGACAGACAGAGAGACAGAGAGACAAAGAGAGACAGAGAAAAAGGAGAGAGAAAGGAGAGAGAGACAGAGAACAGGGAGAGAGAGAGACAGAAAAAGGAGAGAGAGAGACAGAGAACAGGGAGAGAGAAUAGAUCAGAGAUAGAAUAGAACAGAGGACCAGCUGCGUGGACCUUCAUAUGGAGUCUACAACAGAGGGAGGAGGAGGAGGAGGAGGAAGAAGAGGAGGAGGAGGAGGAGGAGGGCUGAAGGAGCUGGUUCUACAGUGGUUUACAGAGACCCAGGCCCCUCUCAUUCUCCUCCAUAAAGGAAACUUUCCCGACUGGUUCCAAGGCUUCACCGCCAGAAAGGAAGCAGAGGAGCAGCUGAGAGAUAAGCCUCUGGGAUGUUUUCUCAUCAGACUCAGUGACAAAGCCAUCGGAUACAUCCUCUCAUACAAAGGACAAGACCGCUGCCGCCAUUUUGUGAUCAACCAGGACCAAGCUGGGCUGUUCAUUAUCUCCGGGGACGACCAGCCUCACCACAGCCUCACAGAACUGAUAGAGCACUACAGAGUCCAUCCCAUCCAGCCCUUUGGAGAGUCCCUCACCUCUACAUACUGUUGUCAGUCAAGCUCAGGAGAGCUGUAUGAUGUGGUCCAGUUUGAGGCCAAAGAGAAGACCGGUGGGGUCAAUGUCCGAGCCCUGAGAAGUUACUGGGACCAGCAGAACGAACAGAAGAAUGACCAACACCAACAGAAUGACCUUCAAAAAGACCCACGGAAUGACCCACGGAAUGACCCACGGAAUGACCCACGGAAUGACCCACGGAAUGACCCACGGAAUGACCCACGGAAUGACCCACGGAAUGACCCACGGAAUGAGCAGCACCAAUGGAAUGACCUGCCGCCAACUAGGCAGCCCCCUGCAGUGCUGCCACCUAAAACCAACAACAGGAAGUUGACAUCAACAGUAUCCAUUGGCAGGAAGUCCCUCCCACAGCAAGCAGUACCUCCAGUACCAAGGCGAGGCCCACCUCUGACCCACUCUCUGAGUGGAACCUUGUCUGAAAUACACUAUGACCAAACCAAGACCAAAUCUCACGGUCAAACCCAAUACGCAGAAAUACAUUCUAACCAGAACAAGACCAAAUCUCACAGUCAAACCCAAUACGCAGAAAUACAUUCUAACCAGAACAAGACCAAAUCUCACGGUCAAACCCAAUACGCAGAAAUACAUUCUAACCAGAACAAGACCAAAUCUCACGGUCAAACCCAAUACGCAGAAAUACAUUCUAACCAGAACAAAGUGGAGAGACUGGCCAGUACUGGGAGUCUGAACCAGAGGAGAAGCACCGGCCCCUGGUCCUUCAAUAACACCUCCACAGCAGCAGGAGGAGUCAUGUACUCUGAGCUGACCCUGCCAGAUGGACGGAGCCGCUCUCUACCCUGCCUGGACGACACCACGGAGGAGGAGGAGGAGGAGGAGGAGGGGUACUCCAACAGGAUAACCAUCCCCUGCUUCCCCCACACCUCUCACUCCCCCAAUCCCCCCAAGAGGGUCACCUGCCAUGCCUACUCUCUUCAGGCCUCCAGGGAAAGCCCCCAGCCACAGAUCCACGGUGGACCACACAGCCUGGAUCAGCUGAGCACCAAUCCACUGUACCAGGCCUCUGUGGGGCUUGGUGAGGGCCAGGACACCCCCUGGAAGGGACUACAGAAGCAGAGAGAAGGGGACCGUGGCAGGAGCCCUAACCCCCAGGACCAGACUCCCCAGCAGGAGGAGAGUAUGUAUGCAGAGGUUCCAGAGGGGCCAUCUCCUCCCCGUCAUCUGAUUACAGACAACACCUAUGAGCAGAUCCCAGGGGACGGUGGCCUGAAGGGGACACAAAGCACCGCCACAGACCAGGAGGGAAACACCUAUGAGAUGCUGGAGGGUCUGAAGUCUAAGGAGUCUACUUGGGGCAAAAAGAAUAUCACAUGGAGAAAAUUAUUCCCUGAAUACAAGAAGAAAUAGCAGCACCAUGCAGAUUCAGCAACAAACCAACCAGCACCCUGCAGAUUCAGCAACAAACCAAUCAGGACCCUGCAGAUUCAGCAACAAACCAACCAGCACCCUGCAGAUUCAGCAACAAACCAAUCAGGACCCUGCAGAUUCAGCAACAAACCAACCAGCACCCUGCAGAUUCUGCAACAAACCAACCAGCACCCUGCAGAUUCAGCAACAAACCAACCAACCAGCACCAUGCCGAUUCAGCAACAAACCUACCAGCACCCUGCAGAUUCAGCAACAAACCAACCAGCACUCUGCAGAUUCAGCAACAAACCAAGCAGCACCCUGCAGAUUCCGCAACAAACCAACCAGCACCAUGCAGAUUCAGCAACAAACCAACCAGCACCCUGCAGUUUCAGCAACAAACCAACCAGCACCCUGCAGAUUCAGCAACAAACCAACCAGCACCCUGCAGAUUCAGCAACAAACCAACCAGGACCCUGCAGAUUCAGCAACAAACCAACCAGCACCCUGCAGAUUCAGCAACAAACCAACCAGCACCCUGCAGAUUCAGCAACAAACCUACCAGCAGGAAGACAAUCAUUUGAUCAAUGUUAUUGUAUUUAGGAAAUGUGUGGACUUGUGUUAUCUCUGUGUUAAAUGUGUUUUAUUAGCAAAUAUAAAUGAAAUGCAUUUUUCCUUAACUCCACAUUGAUUGUACUUGGAAAUUGAAACUCAAGCUGUAUUGAGCAGAGCGAGAGAGAGAGAGGAGAGAGAGAGAGAGGAGAGAGAGAGAGAAACUAGUGAAGCUAUACACUGAGUGUACAAAACAUGAUUUAGUUGCACCCCCUUUUGCCCUCAGAACAUCCUCAAUUCGUCGGGGCAGGGA